GCGUAGCCUUGGCACCUGGAAGGCAGUGGCUCCCAAGGUUCCAUGACACCCCCGCGUUCCAAUUCUGUUAUUGCAACUGCAGACCGUCACCUGGCGUGCCGGGUGCUCGGUCUGUCAUUCCGGUUGGAGUCUGAGCUACAGGCAGUGCCUCGGGCUCUCGACUCUGGCAUCUCGAACCUUCUUUUUGUAGCUGCUGACUCUCCAGUGCUGUGGGCUGUUGUGCAAGUUGUUCCCAAUAUCCCCAGCUCUACCUCUUCUGCCACAUGUCACCAUGACAGCACCUCUUGACCCGGUGUCUGAUCCAGGGACAGAAAUGAGCCUCCUGGAACUCAACCAGGAGCUUCAAUCCAAGCUGGAAGCAAGCCAGCAGGACUUCCGAGACCUCAGAGAGAAAUUCCUUGUAUCCGAAGCUACUGCCUACUCCCUGGCCAACCAGCUGCAGAAAUAUAAGUGUGAAGAGUUGAAAGACAUCAUCGAAUCCGUGCUGGGGGAGACGCUGCAGCGUAAGCAGGGGAAGUUGGCAGAGACCUUGACCGAGAAGCUCAGGCAAUAUCAUAUCCUGAUUAAAGCUCAGGCUGAAGAGGUGACCCAGUUGUGGCAGAAGUUACGGGAAGGGAGAGAAGUUUCUGAGCCAGUCGAUCAGCACCUCAAGGACCUCCUCACCCACGAUGACCCCGAGCGUUCCCAAGGCCAGGGCAUCCAGGAGGGACACAGGCUGGCAGAGUGCCUUGCCCGCCAGCUCAGCCCCGGAGAUGAUGAGGAGGAGGAGGAGGAGGAGGAUGAACAAGCAGAAGAAUCCCUCACCACUAGCAUGGAGCUUCCGGAAGCUGAAAAGAAGGAAGUCCUCCAGGACAUGCUGAAUGAAUGUGUUUUGACUCCUUCCAUUGGCCAAGAAGGCCAUGGCUGCUACCAGCCUUGCAGGGAUGGCACGUUCCCAUCGGAUGAACAGGAAUUCGGCUCUGCUCUGGAUGUAGCCUGUGAAUGCUCCCAUUCCAAAGGGGAUGAAACUCCACCCGGUUCCCCAGACAACCAAAUUGGUCACCAGGGGCUGAAAGGGCGAGAGUCAGAUGCCCCCAGGUUCCGUAGACAGCUGCUAGAGGUGGUGGAGGAGGAAAUCACAGGGGACUCUCUGGAUGAACGCUAUUGGACAUAUUCGGUUCUUCCUGACCUGUCUGACUCCUACUGGCCUUACAGGAGCACCACCAUCUUCUUCCCUGAGGAACUGGAAGUCUCUUCUGCUCUGGAAAUGGCCAAAAAUCAGACCCAUCAAGAGGAGGAACCAGACCAAGACCUGACAUGCGCCAGAUCUCCCCUCCCCACCAGGCUCGGCAGGGAGCUGCCGGAGAGUGCAGAGCAGGAUGUCCAACAGGACUCACUGGAUGAAUGCUAUUUGACUUACUCAGCUCUUCCUGACCCAUCUGAUUCCCCCUGGACACACAGGAGGGCCAACAUCAACUCAUAUGAGGAUCUGGAUGUCUGUCCUGCUCUGGAAGUAGCUAACAAUCAUAAUGAUCUUUGCGAUGAAGAAGACCAGGACCCGACAUGCCCCAGCAACACCAGGCUCUGCAGGGAGCUGCCAGUGGCCCCAGAGGAUGAAGUCCCACAGGACUCAGUGGGGGAAUGUCAUUUGACUCCUUCCGUUGGCCAUGACCUGUCAGACACUUAUAGGCCGUAUAGGAGUGCCUCAUUCACCUUUGAUAAACAGGAAGUCUUCUUGGGCGUGGAUGUAGAUGCCCCGAUGCAGGUGCCCGGUCCCCAAGGGCCAUCGAGUGGAAACUUGACUUUCCCAAGGCCGGAGGUGCAAGCUUCACAAGUACCACCACAGUCCAAUACCCAGGUGGCCAAUUCCAUGCCAGGGCAGCCGGACCAGCAGUUGGCUUGUGGUGACCGCAGAGCCAGGCUCCGCCCCUCCCCCGCCAUCAGGAGACUGGCAGCCAUGAUGGUUUCUGGGAGCCAACGGCCGCUCUUCCAAGAGCAGGGUUUGGAAGCUUCCAUGGGUGUGAAGAACCCUCCCAAGCUGGAGGGUGACGCUGCUGAGGGCUCGGUGGCCAACCAGUGUGCAGGUCAAGUCUUUGGCCACGUUAAUGCCCUGGUGGUGAUGAAACAGAAGAUGAUCAAGAGAAAAGUGCAGUUCGGCGAUGGCAGACUCGCGUGCAGAUUCCGUGGCCUUCAAGCUUAGGGCACAGAGAUACCAAGGACUCCAGGAACUAAGAAAAGAUACUCCUCAUUGAAACGAAACCCCAUCAUAAAACCCCAUCAUUCUCCACUUGCUGAAAAGAACUCUAAAGCAGCAAAUCAAGCUAAAGCCCAAACAGAACAUGCGAGGGAUCCUUUGCUGAGAAUCGACAUCUCGAUCACAAGCCACUCUCUGGGAUUUUUACUGCAAAAGUCUGGUUUGAUGAGAGGAACUCUUGCUCUUCUGACUCCAGUCGUGAUAAGUCGCCGAGGCAACCAAUGCCCAGACCACACGCCCUUGUGAGACACCUUCGGUCUGGCUCCUCUCCAUUCCAUCCUGCGGAUAAGCGGAGGCUGGAGCAACGUGGCAAUAGACCCCAUGUCAACCUGGACAUUCUGGGCCACCGGCUGGGCUGUGCCAGGAGCAGACAGCAUUAACUACGCAGCGUUCUUGCUGAAGAGGCUUAGCCUGAAUCUGAGCACGAGGUAGGGAUCAGACAACUGCAGAAUUUCGACCAUCGAACAAGACAUCGGGCCUGUCUUUCUUCAAACAGCCAGUGUCCACAGCACAAAUAAGACGACAAAAAGGAGAAGAGAUAUCUUGGGUUCCAAAGGACUCAGAAGAUUGUGCUAUCGUAAUUGUGUAGUCCUUUCGAACCCCAAACAUCUCCUCACCUUUCUGUGGCUGUCUCUGGUGGUGGUGACGCUUCCUUGUCUGUAGGGGACAGGCCAGAUGUCUGGCUUGAUGGUCUACAUCCUGAAGGUGUCUGAUCACUUCCUCCUGAUUAAAUUCAGGCUAACCCUUUUCCCGGGGCGUUCCCUAGUUAAUGCUGUGUGUGUCCCAGCUCCGCCCACCCAGAGACCCAGAGCGUCCAGUCUGCCAUCACCAUCAUUGUGAGAGCAGCAGUGGUUGCCUUCUAUGGGGGGGCCUAUCAGAUCGUUCAUGGUCUUCUGUUUGGGUGUGACAUCUGAGAAUGUGCGAAGAUGCUCUCUGUAAAGUCUGUCUCUACAAUGUUACCAUCUUUUAGUGAUCCCUGCAGUGUGUCACAACCGUAUCUGUUUGUAUGUUGGAAAAACUCUAGUUGUAUCAUCCUUGUGUAUGUGUAUUUGCUGGCAUUGUGCUGUGGAAAAGAACACUCCCUCCCCGUUCUAUAUCAUUAAAGUGUUUAUUUUGACAAUCA